AUGGAGGUAAAUUGUUUAACACUAAAAGACCUGAUCAACCCCAGACUAGAUUUUGCAAUUGAAGAUGGGGAAAAUGCCCAAAAGGAAAAUAUAUUUGUUGAUCGCUCAAGGAUGGCCCCAAAGACACCAAUAAAAAAUGAACCAAUUGACUUAUCGAAACAAAAAAUCUUCACUCCAGAAAGAAAUCCCAUCACUCCAGUUAAGCUUGUCGACAGACAGCAAGCAGAACCAUGGACACCCACCGCUAACCUAAAGAUGCUCAUUAGUGCUGCCAGCCCAGACAUAAGAGACCGAGAGAAGAAAAAAGGACUGUUCAGACCCAUUGAGAACAAGGAUGAUGCAUUUACAGACUGUCUGCAGCUUGAUGUUGUUGGGGACAGUGCUGUGGACGAAUUUGAAAAGCAAAGGCCAAGCAGAAAACAGAAAAGUUUAGGACUCCUGUGCCAGAAGUUUCUAGCUCGCUAUCCAAGUUAUCCACUGUCAACUGAGAAAACUACCAUCUCCCUAGAUGAAGUUGCUGUCAGUCUUGGCGUUGAAAGGAGACGCAUCUACGACAUUGUGAAUGUGCUGGAGUCGCUGCAUCUGGUCAGCCGGGUGGCCAAGAAUCAGUAUGGCUGGCACGGACGGCACAGCCUGCCGAAAACCCUGAGGAACCUCCAGAGGCUAGGAGAGGAGCAGAAAUACGAAGAGCAGAUGGCGCACCUCCAACAGAAAGAGCUCGACCUGAUGGAUUAUAAAUUUGGGGAACGCAAAAGAGAUGGCUGUCCAGAUUCCCAGGAUCCACAGUUACUGGAUUUCUCUGAACCGGACUAUCCCUCUUCAUCUGCAAACAGUAGAAAAGAUAAGUCUCUGAGAAUUAUGAGCCAGAAAUUUGUCAUGCUGUUCCUGGUCUCCAAAACCAAGAUUGUUACUCUUGACGUGGCUGCCAAAAUACUGAUAGAAGAAAGCCAAGAUACGCCGGAUCACAGUAAAUUUAAAACAAAGGUACGACGCCUCUAUGACAUAGCCAAUGUUCUGACCAGCUUGGCACUGAUAAAGAAAGUGCAUGUAACAGAAGAGCGAGGCCGGAAACCCGCCUUCAAGUGGAUUGGGCCUGUGGAUUUCAGUUCCACUGAUGAAGAACUAGUGGAUGUUUCUGCAUCUGUCCUACCAGAAUUGAAAAGAGAAACAUACGGCCACAUUCAAUUAUGUGCAAAACAGAAGCUUGCUCGACAUGGCUCCUUUAACUCAGAUCAGGCUUCUGAGAGGAUCCAGAGGAAAGUGAACUCAGAACCCAGCAGCCCUUACAGAGAAAAACAAGGGUCAGGGGGCUACUCCUUAGAAAUCGGAAGUCUGGCAGCUGUCUACAGACAGAAAAUAGAAGACAAUUCACAGGCAGAAGCUUUUGCCAAUCAGAGAGCGAUACCUCCGUCAAGCAGCCUGGAGGCCGCUGCUCCUUUCCCCGGCCUCUCUGUUGACUCAGAAUACUGUGUUAAUGCCUUGGCCCACCCAGUACUUUCCGUGGCUCCAACGGACUUGCAGGCCUUCUCUGCCCAGAAUGGUCUGAACGGACAAGGAGGUGUCUCCCUCGCCUCUGCCGCCCUGGACGCGGAGAGCCUGAAGCCAGCUCUGCUGGCCGGCCAGCCCCUGAUGUACGUGCCCUCCACCUCGCUGUUCAUGCUGUGUGGGAGCCUGCAAGAGCCGCCGUCCCCGGGGUCAGGGUCAGAGAGGGACAGCAGGGGCUCGGAAGGCACAGCAGAGCGCUCAGCCACGCCCUCAGUUCAGAAGCGCCUAGGGGAGGAGAGGAAGCCCCAGGAGGAGGAAGAGCCGGCCACGAAGAGACAAAGCAGGGACUACGAAGACGGCCCCCUCUCCCUCGUCAUGCCCAAGAAACCCUCAGAUUCCACAGACAUUGCCUCUUCCAAGACCGUGGAUAAAAGGGGACCUGCACCCCAUGAAGACAUUCACAUGAACGGACAACUUUCUGCUGCAAAGGAGGUUUUGGGGAAGGCUACAGCAGACUGCUUCAUUUCUUCUGAGUGGGGAAAUCCUUCUAGAAAUACAGAGAUAGAAAAGCCUUCGAAAGAAAAUGAAAGCACCAAAGAGCCCUCUUUGCUGCAGUAUCUUUACGUGCAGUCGCCAGCAGGAUUAAAUGGUUUCAGUGUGCUCUUAUCUGGCAAUCAGACCCCCCGUGCUGUGGGACCGUCUUCAGGUCAGCUGCCGCCGCUCAGUGUUCCAUGCAUGGUCUUGCCAUCGCCGACGCUGGGCCCUUUUCCUGUUCUCUAUUCACCCACGAUGCCCGGGCCGGUGUCCUCUGCUUCCAGUGCUCUCCCAAGCACGGGACCUGUGAAUCUUGGCUUGCCCGGCCUUGGAUCAACAGCUCACCUUCUCAUCGGCCCUGCUGCCCUGGUUAAUCCAAAGUCAUCGACACUCCCCUCCACAGAUGCUCAGCUUCAGGGUCCACACUCACUUAACCUGAGUCCGGUGAUGUCAAGAUCACACAGCAUCAUCCAGCCCGAGUCCCCCGUUUACGGAGGACAUCCAGCCUCUGUGGUUAAAUUACAACAGUCACCAGUUCCAGUGACCCCCAAGAGCAUCCGACGCACACAUCGAGAGACGUUUUUCAAGACGCCUGGCAGCCUCGGGGACCCUGUCCUCAGGAGAAGAGAAAGGAAUCAGUCACGAAACACCAGCUCAGCACAGAGGAGGCUCGAAAUCCCCAGCGGCGGGGCCGACUAACCUGACGCUUUGCCCAGCAGGGGUGAGAUGGAGGGGCCUGAAUUUCCCUGUGUUACAGGUCAUGUCCUAAUGGUGAACAGAAACUAGAACGCAAACCAUCUGGUCUUCAGCAUGCAUCCUUCCUCUCUCCUGCAUCCCCUGGUUCUAAUGUUAACUAUCCAUCUUCAGGAAGCACCUAUUUUCCUGAAAGUAAUUUUUCCUAAUUGUGCAUUUCUUACCAGUUAGAGUCCAGACUCUGUUCGUGGUGUCACAGUGGAAGCACCAACUGACUGUUGUGGUUUUCAUUCAAGAAUCAUCUUGUUGCUGGAAGGAGAUCUGAACAGCCUCCUGGAGCCUUGUGGUUUUUCUAAAGUGGGGGAGGCCCGUCUAGCACUUAACUGGGUUGAGCGUUCUUGACGUGUAUUCCCACUCACCCCGAGUAGAUCUGUGGUGAGAGAAACUUCCUUU